CUUCAAAAUUCCAAGUCAACACUGAGACGACCAAAGUAACGUUGCCCUGUUUGUCUUCUUGAAACAUUUCUGUCUCUGCCUCUUGGCCUUCCAGUUCCCACCAUAACUUUCUUCUCAAACCUUCAUUCAAUCUGCCCCGCCAUUCUCUCCUCAAUUCUAUUUCCCUCUCAUCUUAAUUACCCACUUCAAUUUCCUUAUGUAAAUUCGAAAACUCUUAAUUCUUAGCUGUCCUCUGCUUCCAUGGCUUCCCUCUGCUUUCCAUUCCCACCUCUUCUUCUGCUUCUGCUUCUUUUCCUUUCCCCAACCUCCACCGUUGCUCAGAAGCCAAACCCUAAUAUAACUUUAGACGCAUCUCUCAUUGCUCACAACCGCGAUUCCUUCUGGUCCUCUGCAUCUGGUGAUUUUGCUUUCGGUUUCCUCCGCCAAUCUGAAGGGGAAGACUAUCUGUUGGCAAUUUGGUUUAACAAAAUUGCUCAUAAAACCGUCGUUUGGUCUGCUAAUCGGGACAAAUUGGCACCGGAGGGAUCUACCGUUGUACUUACAACAAGCGGCCAACUCGUCCUCAACGACCCUGUAGGCAACCAAAUCUGGGCUGCAACUUUCUCAGCUACUAAUCACUCUGUUUCCUAUGCCGCCCUUCUUGACACUGGAAACUUCAUUCUCGCCACUAACAAUUCUAAAAUUCUGUGGCAAAGCUUCGAUUACCCUACCGACACGAUUUUACCAUCACAGAUUCUUAACAAGGGCAACAAUCUCGUUGCACCUUAUACAGAAACGAAUUACUCAAGUGGAAGAUUUCAAUUGGCCAUGCAAACUGAUGGGAAUCUCAUGCUUUACACCAGAAAUUUCCCUACGGAUUUAUUAAGUAACAGUUAUUGGGAAACUAACACUGUGAAAUUCGGCUUUCAACUCAUCUUCGACCUCUCUGGUUCUAUCUAUCUCAUCGCAGAGAAUAAAACCAUUGUUAACACUUUGUCAUCAAAUAAUCUCACAACCCAAAAUUUCUACCAGCGAGCGAUUCUCGAGCAUGAUGGGGUUUUCAGACAUUAUGUUUACCCAAAGAGGGGUACUGGAAGUAAUUCGUCUUGGGCUGAAGCUUGGUCGGUAUCCAUAUCCAUUCCUUCCAACAUCUGUAUGGAAAUUGGUGGAGGUACUGUCAGUGGAGUAUGCGGGUUCAAUAGUUACUGCAUGCUUGGGAAUGAUCAAAGGCCAUUUUGCACUUGUCCACCAGGCUUUGACUUGUUUGAUCCAAAUGAUGUGACCAAAAGUUGUAAACCCGCUUUUCUCUCUCAAAGUUGUGAUGAAUCGUUUCCUGAAACAGAUAACUUUGGUUUUGUCUCUAUGGAAAAUACGGAUUGGCCUUAUGGUGAUUACGGGCAUUUUCGACCAGUAACUCAGGAUUGGUGCAGAAAGGAAUGUUUGGUCGAUUGCUAUUGUGCGGCCGCCAUUUUUAGAGAUGGGAAUUGUUGGAAGAAGAAGUUUCCACUUUCAUUUGGGAGGAUGAAUUCUAGCGUGGGCGGAAUAGCUUUUAUCAAAAUCAGGAGAGACAAUUCUACUCUGCAAUCUCAAAACCUUGACCAGAAUUGCAGGAACAAAACUAAGGUAGUCAUUGGAUCAGUCUUGUUAGGAAGCUCUUCAUUUCUAAAUAUCCUCUUAUUAUUGCUCACUUUAUGGAUUGGCUUUGGAUUCAGUAAAAGAGAAUCAAGGGCUAUCAGAGGAGACCCUUUCAUUUUUGGUGUGAAUCUAAGAGCUUUUAGCUACGAAGAGCUCAACAAGGCCACAGGGGGAUUCACAGAGCGGCUGGGAAGUGGUGCAUUUGCUACUGUGUAUAAAGGGACUCUUGAUUUUGUGGAGAACAACUUGGUGGCAGUCAAGAAGUUGGAGAAUAUAAUGAGUGAGGGAGAGAGAGAAUUUAAAGCUGAAGUGAGCGCUAUUGCUCGAACAAACCAUAAGAAUUUGGUUAAAUUGAUUGGUUUUUGCAACGAAGGAGAACAUAGAAUGUUGGUAUAUGAGUUCAUGGAGAAUGGGUCUCUUGCAGAUUUCCUUUUUAGGCCUUCAAAACCAACUUGGUAUUCUAGAAUUCAACUUGUUUGGGGAGUUGCUAGAGGGCUAAGUUACUUACACGAAGAGUGUAGCACUCAGAUCAUUCAUUGUGAUAUCAAGCCCCAAAACAUUCUCCUUGAUGGUUGUUUUGGUGCAAAAAUUGCAGACUUUGGAUUGGCCAAACUUUUGAAGAAAGACCAGACUCAAACCAUGACUGCAAUUAGAGGAACAAAAGGGUAUGUGGCUCCGGAGUGGUUUAGAAGGCUACCCAUUACGGUGAAAGUUGAUGUUUACAGCUUUGGGAUUCUAUUAUUGGAGAUGAUCGGUUGCAGAAAGAAUUUCGAACUAGAAGCAGAAAAUGAAGAUGAAAUGAUACUGAGUGAUUGGGUUUAUGACUGCAUGAAAGAAAGAAAAAUGGAGAAGUUGAUAAAGAAUGAUGAGGAAGCAGAGAAUGAUAUGAAGAGAGUGGAGAAGUAUGUUAAGAUUGGAAUUUGGUGCAUUCAAGAGGAACCAUCGCUAAGGCCAUCCAUGAAGAAAGUGAUACAAAUGCUUGAAGGUGCAGUUGAAGUUUCAACUCCCCCUGAUCCAUCUUCAUUUAUCAGUGCAAUUUAGUAACAACAUUGUCUCUUUUUCUUCUUCCAUGUUGUAUGAAUAACCCAAUGACUCAGCUGCAUUAUCAUAUACUCUACUCAUGUACAUAAAUUUAAAACAAGACAAACAAAUAAACAAAGAUAUGUCCUCUUUUAAUUCCUACAUUUUAUAAAUGGUUAA